AUGAUCACAGCUGAUUGCACUGGGCGUAUUGACCAAUUGGUUUGUGGGAGUAGCAUGGUUGAUCAGGAGUUCAAUGGUAAUUCAAAUGAGAGAGAGCUAGAGGAGACAUUGCAUCAUUUACUCACUGCGGAACACACACCGUUGGAUCAAGAUGACGACGUCCCAAUGGACUCCGAGAUCCAACAACAGAAGCAUUUGACACUGGAUAGUUUGCUUGCGGACGCGGAUUCCGAGAUCUUCUAUGAUUUGAAUGAUGGAAGCACCCCAGGCGCGGAAAUCUUGGAAGCCAAGGGCAAGAGGGCUACAAUCGAUGGCAAGAUCAUAUAUGAGCAAAUACUGUCACCAGCAUCGCUUUCGCCGUCGUCGACGGAUGGUAGUCAAACCAGCGGCGGCAGUAGUGGCAACGAGUUCACAAUGAGCCAGGUGGCUGAGAUGAAGCAACGGAUCAUCAAUACCCAUAAGUUGCUGCUCAACUUCAACUUCCUCAAGGACGGGUAUGCGAGGACUUGCGUAGAGUUCAAGAAGGCAAUGCACCACCUGAGGGACAGCGAAGUCCACAGGGCACAUCUGGUACAAGAGAAUCAAGAGCUGAGAGACAAAAUUGCUGAGUUAACAGCGAAAUUAGAGAAUCAAUAG